AAUACAGCAGAGAAAAGUGUCUCUUUGUAGUGCUGUGAGUAUUGUUCUUGUGUCUCUUUAUUCAUUAAUGUGGUCUUAUUGCCAUUUUAUAUGAAUACAGAUUUUGUUCCAUUUAAGCACUUAUUUUCUGAUUUUAUUUUUUCUGAGUAAGAUUUCUAGUGUCCCGCAUAUAAAAUACAACAAGUCUGCUGUGCCUGAAAUUGGUCAGAAAAACUUGAAUGUACUGUUAGCAAGAGGAGAGACAAUUCUUAGAUCCAAAGUGUAUGCAUUCACAGUUACUAGGGGCACAGUAGAAGUCAGUGCAUUGCAGGGGAAGACAUUGCUGUAAGCACCUCCAAAGGUCACAGAAAUAUUGUUUGUUCUGGGAUCAAAUGUGUGCGUGUAUAUUUUAUAUGUGUAUUUUAUAUGUGUGUGUGUGUGUAUUUAUAUAUAGAAUCUCAAGCUUUUUCUUUGUUUGUUUUGAGAACUUUGGAGCAACUUAAAACGUUAGUUGGAAAUUAGACCUUACCUGAGUGCUACUGGAAAUGAUGGAGGGCUACAAGUGGGUACUCAAACCCUAGAGGCUCUGAGUUUAAUUUGAGCAGUGAAUUGCUUUAUAAAAGAAACAGCACUGGGGAAGUUUUCUGCUUUCUCGAGUUUACAAUUUGAGAAUAUGCUUGUGCAAUUUCCUAUGCUUCUGUCAGUUAAUAAGCAUUUGAAAGUUUGUCCAAAUCUUGUUUGAAAGUCUAUAAUGAGAAGCCUGUUUAAGGUGGUUUUAUUGAGGACUGCGGUUAACUUAAGCUUACCUUUCUCUUACUGCCUGGCUAGGGGGGAGAAUGACUGCUUAAUUCCACGUGCCUUAAUGGAAACUUUUCUUUUGAUCUGCCUCUGUUUGUUUUGUCCCUGUUACGCUUUGUUGUAGUCUCUAGUGUUUCAGGUGAAAUUACGCUGGAGAUUUAAAAGCAAAUUAACUUCAGAGAAAUGUGUGUGACUGACAGCGUGCUUUUAGAUAUUACCACUUGGGGUGACACUUCUGGAAUCCUGUCUGCACUCCUAGCCAGACUUUUCACAAUGCUCCUUUCAAAGUGCGGUCACUUCGGCUUCAGCACCUGAAGUGCUUAAAUCUGAGCUUUUUGCAGAGAGAAGAAAGAUGGAAAGUAAUGCGGUUUUACUGGAAUCCAAGUCCUCUCCCAUCAACCUGCUGAAUGAAAUGCACCAGCUGCGUCUCCUGGGCCACCUCUGUGACGUGACGGUCAGCGUGGAGUACCAGGGUGUCAGGGCUGAGUUCGUGGCCCACAAGGCUGUAUUGGCAGCAACUAGCAAAUUUUUCAAGGAGGUCUUCCUUAACGAGAAGAGCAUGGAUGGCCCCAGAACCAAUGUGUUCCUGAACGAGGUCCAGGUUGCUGAUUUUGCUUCAUUCCUUGAGUUUGUCUAUACUGCGAAGGUAGAAGUGGAAGAAGACAGAGUGCAGCGUAUGCUAGAAAUAGCCGAGAAGCUGAAGUGCUUGGACCUCUCAGAAACCUGCUUUCAGUUAAAGAAGCAGAUGCUUGAAUCGGUGCUGCUGGAGCUGCAAAAUUUCUCUGAAUCGCAGAACGCUGAGGAAGAGAGUGCAACCCAACCAAGCAGUUUGCUCGAGUCUAAAGCAGCUGCUGUGGCAGAACCCGAGCAGACGGACUGUCCUCUGGACCCUGCAGGUUCCCCAGGUGGCAGGCCCAGAAAUGGACUGUCUCUUGAGGUGCCAGCUACCAAACCAAAAGAGAAAGCGGACAAAAAGAAGGAACUGAUGAAGCCUCCUUAUGCCAAAAUCAGAAGGGCAAGCGGGAGACUGGCUGGGAGGAAAGUAUUUGUGGAAAUCCCAAAGAAGAAAUACACAAGGAGGCUGAGAGAGCAGCAGAAGAAUGCGGAGGUUGCUGCCGAAGAGGACAGUUACCCACAGGAGCAGGACAUGUGUGAUGCGGAGAGGGAGGAGGAGCAAGCGGAAGACAACAUCAAACCUGAAAGCGAAGAAUGCGAUGGCAACUUUGAAACGGAAGAAAACGUGAAGAAAUCCGAAGAGGACAAAAAGAAACGAGGCAGUAACUUCAAGUGCAGCACGUGCGAGAAGGAAUUCCUGUAUGAGAAAAGUUUUCUCAAGCACAUCAAACACAGCCACGGCAUCGCAGCCGAAAUCGUUUAUCGGUGUGAAACCUGCAGCCAGACCUUUGCCAACCGGUGCAACCUAAAAAGCCAUCAGCGCCAUGUCCACAGCAGCGAGCGCCACUUCCCUUGUGAGCUCUGCGGUAAGAAGUUCAAGAGGAAGAAGGACGUCAAGAGGCACAUUCUCCAGGUUCAUGAGGGUGGUGGGGAGCGUCAUCAGUGCCAGCAGUGUGGAAAGGGGUUGAGCUCCAAAACUGCCUUGAGGCUCCAUGAAAGGACGCAUACAGGCGACAAGCCUUAUGGGUGCACAGAGUGUGAGGCUAAAUUUUCUCAGCCUUCUGCACUUAAAACACACAUGAGAAUCCAUACUGGUGAAAAGCCUUUUGUCUGUGAUGAAUGUGGUGCCAGGUUCACUCAGAAUCACAUGCUUAUAUAUCACAAAAGAUGUCAUACAGGGGAAAGACCUUUUAUGUGUGAAACGUGUGGGAAGAGCUUUGCCUCUAAGGAGUACUUGAAGCACCACAACAGAAUCCAUACGGGAUCCAAGCCUUUUAAAUGUGAAGUUUGCUUCAGAACGUUUGCACAGAGGAAUUCACUUUACCAGCACAUAAAAGUUCACACAGGUGAACGACCCUAUUGCUGUGACCAGUGUGGGAAGCAGUUCACGCAGCUCAACGCCCUGCAGCGUCACCACCGCAUCCACACUGGGGAGAAGCCGUUCAUGUGCAAUGCCUGCGGCCGGACCUUCACCGACAAGUCCACCCUGCGGCGGCACACCUCGAUCCAUGAUAAAAACACGCCGUGGAAGUCCUUCCUUGUCAUUGUUGAAGGAGCUGCUAAGAAUGAUGAAGGUCACAAAACGGAGCUCCCGGAUGAAGAAUACGAUGUGUCACCUAAAAUGCCAGACAAGCUGCUGUCUUUCUCUGAAAACGGCCACUAUCAAAGCUUUGCUGCCGUCCCAGGGAGUGUGACUGCCCUGCAUGACAGCAGUUCUGCAACGGGGACAGACUGUAAGUUAGAUGGGGCUCCGGGGCCCCAGGGAGCCCUUAUAGCUACUGCUCUAAGUGAGCUGACAGUACUGCAUACACAGACAGACUCUAUCCAGCCACAGCUUCAUGCUCUGGUGAAUAUGGAGUAAUUUGGUGUUACGAAUCCAGUUCAAGCUGCACGCUUUGUAUAGUUGUUUGACUUUGCCAAUAACCUGCUGAGGGAACUAGGAGAUGCUAGGGAAAGGGAGCAGGACCAGACAUGAAUGACAUGCACUGGACUGCCAGAAUAUCCUCCAAAAUGUAAUUAUCCACAUCCAGUGUGUACAGCUCUGUCAGGCAGGGGAGUGUAAUACCAAACGCAGUUUGGUUUCAUCAGCUGAGGGUUAUCCUGCAGGCAAAAGAAGGUUGGAGGUGGGUGCAGUUCAGCUAGGCUAUAAAGAAGGUGCACGUUGAUUCGAUUACACCUGUACAAUCGAGAGAAGCCACGUUGUGUUUCUCAGCCCGCUAGCGUAGUUAAAUAAAUCUGCAUUUUCUCAAGUGGAAAUCCUUUCUAUAAGUUAAGUUUUGCUAAUUUGCAUUUCAGGAUAUGUUGGUUCAUCUCUGCUUUUGCCAAAUAGCCAAGCAGUAAGGCAGCUCGCUCCCUGGGAAUAGGAGGGGGAGCAAGCUUUGGAAAGAGCUGAAGUUUCACUCCAGGAAUUGUGAUUCUCUGGUCGCUCCAUAGACGAGUGGGAGCCAAGUGCUGUGUCUGUGCAGGUGGCGGUGCUGUUUUUACUUUCCAGUAAAACUUGGUGCAGUUUGGAUGCUUGUGUUCAGCCAGCCUUUACGUAAGCUGGAGCAGUUGGAGGAUAAGGCUUGGCAAUUAGAAGGACAGACAGCUUACUGACACUUCCCUGCUGAAUUGUAGCUAAGCACUUUUCUGCUGGUCCAGAUCGGGCAGCAGUGUUCUCUUCUCCACCAUCACUUAGGCAUCGCUGCUCCACACGCCUCCUUUUAAAUCAAGUAAAACUCAAGUGGGAAUAGUUAAUUACUUGUUGUGCUGACAAGCUGCUACAGCUAAUUCCACCCGUAGAAGUCUCCUGGGGUAAUUGCAGUUGCACAUGGGAGGCAGUCAGCAUUCCUAUGAAUAAUAGCAUGGGAAGAUGCAGAUAAGUGAAAAAUGCACCAGGGCUGCUGAAGGCAUCUAGGCCUUUAUUGCCCAGGUGCUGAACACCUUGUCUGUAAGAACGUGCUGGAAUCUAAUUAGCAGGUUUUAGGCUAAUAGCUGCUUAACUUUCCCUGUCUUAGGUGUUAAGGGGCAGAAAUUAAAAACAUAAGCGAUAGAUAAAGCUGCAGUUCAGAGGCUUUUCCUGAUUACUAGAAUUUAGCAGCAAGUUCUAGAACCCUGACGACGUGGUUUUGUUUUAAAAUCUGAUUUUAAAUAAGGAACGUGACCGGGUGAGCCCAGGACUAGGGAUCUUAAGUAUGAUUUUUGUUCAGCCCACACUAUAAAGCUUCACCUAGCCUGCUCCAGCACCCACAAGACUUGGAUCCCCCAUCACCAGUCAUUAUGAAAAUCAUGCUUCCAAGCAGGCAUUUCUUACAAGGAUGGGGAGAUCUUUCCUGAAGUGUCUCCUCCUCCUCCCCAGGGAGCAGAUCCCCUUGUUCUCUUCCAUUGUGGCCAGUAGCUGGGAAAGUCACUCUCUGCCCAGGGUAAGCACGCUCUGUGCUUCCUGCAGCUUGGGCACCUUUAUUAAUGCAGAAGCUGAACUGAAAUGAAAAUGUUACUUUGCUUGACCUCAGAUUAACCUUUCGGGAGGAGUAGGGUACUGUCCUUGUGCAGGGACAGAAGCUUUGAAAUAGGUGCUACUGACAAAAGUGCCACGUGACAGAUCUGACUGGGAUGAUUCUGGUUUUUGGAAGCAGCGGUGAAUCGAAAGCAAUUUGCCUGUAUCAUUAACUCUUCCACGUUAGGACCAGAUUCCCAGCGUCAACAGGUUAAAAACCUGGAGCUCAUUUCAUUUACUUCUUUGUUUCUCUUUAUUUUAAUAUUAAUGUAGUAUUUCCACAGCUUUCUCAUCUGAAGCUGAGAGAAAAACUGAAAGAUUGCAUUAGUGUAAAGGUAAGCACAAUCGAGCCUGGUUAGGGCUUAUUCUAAGGCUUAGGGGUUGGCAAAGCAAUAAAGAUAUCCAAACUGGCACAGAGCUAUUUUUUGACCUUAAAGGGACGUCUGAUGUGUUUCCAUAGAAUCAUAACUUAAGCUAGAGAAAGGGAUUUUUUUUUUUUUUUUAAGAGAACAUUCCAAGAGGUUAUAUUUGAAAUAUUUAUUCAAGCACCAUGUCCUGUUGAAACUCAGUAUUCCCAGUGACCAAUGUAAAGAGUUUGUAGAUAUAUUUAAGUAAAUCCGAGCAUUAGUACCUGUAGCCAGGGAAGCUUUUGUACUCCAUGAAUGGACAGAUGUGAGUUACGCGUAUGAACCGUUCUUAUUAAAAGACUGAAAUGUUUAA